GGCGCUUUAUUUAAAUCCAGAAUUUCCAGGGAAAGGCAAGAAUUGAACCUGCCUGCAACUAUUUAUUUUCUCAUAGAAAAUACCUGAUAUGUAUCAUUAUUUUCUGUCAAACUUAGCAACUAUUUCUUACGGCAUCACAACGUCCCUAUAAAGCAUGAGUGAGAAGGAUGUAAACCUGCAAGAUGAACUGGCAUCAUUUCGACAACAGUGGCAGGAAGAAAUUGUUAGUGAGUCUUCACAACUGAAGGAAAAGAGCGGAGUUGAGACAACAACAACAACAAGUGGCAAUGCAAAUGAUGUCAGCACAGAAAAACGGGCUGCUCACCUCUUCAUGGAAGGUGUACGGCACGAAAGAAAUGGGGAUGUUUAUGCAGCUGUGUAUUUUUAUCGUCAAGCUGUCCAUUUGGUACCUGACAUAGAGUUCAAGUUAGCAGAAUAUCAAAUAACAGUAGAGUCUUUUAGUGAUGAUGAAAGUGAUGACGAUGAAAAUAUUGCAAAACUGAAUCCUAAUUUUGACACAAGUUCUGAGUUGGAUUCCAUCACCAAAACAUUUGGUUGCUUGCAUGUUUCCAAUCUGUGUUCACCGAGAUUACCUCAACAGACGACCCAUAUUUCCAAGCUACCUACCGAGUUAUUAAUUUUGAUUAUAAAAUGGGUGGUCUCAAAAGAUUUGGAUAUAUCAUCUCUGGAGCGAUUAUCUCUUGUAUGCAAGUGGUUUUACGCAUGCGCACGAGAUGAGGAGUUGUGGAAGUUGGUGUGUGUACGAGCAUGGGGAAUACACUGUAGUGAUGUACAUUUGUAUCACAACAGUUGGAGAAUGAUGUUCAUAGAAAAACCGCGUGUCAGAUAUAACGGAUUAUAUAUCAGUAAAAACUCUUACAUCAGAUAUGGUGCACCAAGUUUGGAUUCAUGUUACAAACCAUGUUAUCUUGUUGAGUAUUACAGAUAUCUUCGAUUCUUUACUGAUGGUACCAUCUUGGUUUACACAUCAGCCGAUGACCCUCAACAAGUUGUCCAUUUGCUUAAUCGCCCUCCAUACCGUGACCCUACUGUACACAAAGGUUAUUAUCGACUCACUGGUGAGAAUACGGUCAACGUGUUCUUUAGCAGGACAUCAAAACACCACAGCGAGGGAAGGAGAAGACGAACGCACAGAGAUAAAGUUGAUGUAAAAGAGGAAAAUUUUUUUAUGCAACUUCUGAUAAACAACACAAAAAAGAAACGCAACAACAAACUUGUUGUAUAUCACUAUUCAUAUGAAGUCAUUCACAGGAAAACUGGACAAAGUUGUAAAAACGAUAUUGACUUCAAAACAAUAACUCCUUUUUUCUUCAGUCCAGUAAGAAGUUAUCAAGCAGUUUCAACAAGCUCUUUGUGAUGCGUAACCCUCUAUUGUAGGGGUUAAGACACUCCAUCGCAGUGCCUACUUAACUUCGCGUGUAGUCGAGUUUUUAAGUUAGCUAUUAGUGAAUUAUGACUGAAACACAAUUUAAAUAUUGCCUGUACAGCAUCCAUGGAAUUUGUAACACGCAAAAUAACGAAAUAGCGAUGUUACGAAAAAAUGUUGCGAGAUUUUACGAACUUACGAAAUAUGCAUUUUGUAGUGAUAAAUUGUUUUUUGUUUACCGCAAAACAGUACAUCUAUACAUCUAUAUUUAUUUUAGCUUGUUUUUGGAAGUGCGGUAUAUAUUUAUUAUUUCACCUUUUCAUCAAAAGCAUUCCUUUUUUGUGUAUUUUUUUUCUUCUACAGUUAGUGUUAUGCGAUUUCAGUUUUUAAUAUUUCAUCAUACAGUUUAAUUUUUUAGAAGAAUGUUGAAUUUGUAUAUAUAUAUAGAAUAUGUUGCGUGUAAGUAUAUUAGCACCUUAAAUAAGUAUACCCAUAUUUAGUACAUUCCCAUACAAAUUUUAUUCGACCGCGGUGUGUUUAGAGCAAGAUUUUUUUUGAAGUAUACCCAUAUUCAGUACGUUCCUAUACAAAUUUUACUCGCUGCUGUGUGUUUGAAGCAAGUUUUUUUCUUAAGUAUACCCAUAUGCAAUUAUUUCUCUACAAAUUUUAUACGGCCGCGGUGUACUUAGAGCAAGAUUUUUAUGAAGUUAAACAAGUUCAAUGUGGAAGAAGACUCUGUCGAGUCCCGUUCGCUUCAAUUUUUUAAACAUAAAAGCAAUAGGAAAUUUAAUCUAAUCACCGCGGCUCUUUUUUCACACCUAUCCCAAUAUCAAAAAGGGAAGACAAGGUUGGUAGGAAAUAAAAAUUUUAGAGCGUAUAAGAAAGUUGAUUAUUAUUUACUCAAAGAUGAAACUUUCUCAGGUUAUGGAUUGCAGAUACAGA